ACUACAGUUGGCAGCAGAUGAAUCCGUUCCACAAGAAAAAAAGCAUUCCAGGACGGAGCGUGUGUCUGAAAGCCCUGUCCGUCAGCAGAUGUCACUGCCUCCACCACCUGCAUCAACUUUUCCUGACAACCUUUGGAGGUUCGACCGGAGGUACUGCAGUCCGUCGCAUGCUACGGCGAGUGACAACCAAUGACGUUGUAAAACCGUAUAGCCUGCGGGGCAGAAAGACAAAGAAGGCCUUCCAGGACCUGACAAUCUGCAGGGUUAUAACAGCGGCCUCCCAGAAAAACUUCCCAGCGCUGACUGCAGCAGACGUGGAGGACCCAUCAGUGCCCCCCCUCACAAUAUCCAACAGCCUAAUGUCAAAGGUGGACUCAUUCAAGUUUCUGGGCUCCAGCAUUUCCCAGGACCUAAAGUGGGAGUCCAACCUCCUUAAAAAGGUUGCAACAUUAGGCGAACGUUCUGAGAACGUUCGAUGUAACCAAAAAAUAACAUUCCCUAAACACCAGGAAAACUUUCCUUGGGAACCAAAAACUAACCUUCAGGGAACGUUCCCAGAACAUUCUGGGAACCAAAAUUUUUUACCUGGGGCACUAUUUGGCCCCUGUUGGGCGGUCUAAGCUUUUGUCCUUAAUGGCAUUUUUUCCCCCUUACAUUACUUUUACUUUUAUAC